AUGCCUCGCAACAUGAUCCCGAUCUCAAAUCUCCUGCCCGUCGAUGACGAGGACCUUCACAUCAUCGAGGACUUCUUCGCACCUUUCGCGAAGAAGAAGAAGGAGCUCAUUGACUCCGAGGACUGCAAGUCCCCCCUCGAGAAGGAGGACAAGCCAGCUGCUGACCGUAAAGCAGGUGCCUCUGGCGACAGGACUUCCUCGCGCAACGACGACGACAACGAAGACGAAGCGGACGAAAUCAGUCAGGGAUGGGUUCUCAAUCCCAACGACGAACCCGAACCGCAGCGCAACGACAAGAAGGGCUGGGCCAAGAAGCUCGCCAAAGCCGGCUCCGUGAUGAAGUACGCCGGUGACAAGCUUGCAAGCUUCCUCGACAAAGCCACCGAGCCUUUGGCCAUAAAAAACGAAUUCCCCCUCGGGCGCCCACCCGCCGUCGGAGGACGUCACUAUCGCUAG